ACUCCUCUAUAAUAUAGAGGUCCGAUCACUAGAAGCACCAUAGCUAUCUUCAAAAACCCACCUUAAAAAAACACACCAAUAAGCAACAUCAACAACAUCUACCGAUACGUAAAUUAGUAUUGUAUCACAAUCCUAUACUUGUCAGAUCAGUAAGUGCUAGAUAGCCAUGAACAUCAACACUAGCAACAACCACGACAAUGGUGAACAAGACCAAAAGGGUGUCUCAAAGAAGCGUUAUAUGCCUCUUUUGUUGAUCAACUAUACGUGCCUGUUUUUGGGUUCUGUAUCCUCAAGCUUGCUCUCCAAGUACUAUUUCAACCACAAAGGCUCCAACAAAUGGGUUUCCACAUGGGUUCAGUCAGCUGGAUUCCCUUUCCUUCUCUUGCCGGUUUUCCUCCCUUACUAUCUCUUCCAAUGCACUCAGAGAAAGCCUUUCACUCGUUUCACUCCUAGAAUCUUAAGUUUGUCCAUAUUCAUAGGCCUUAUGCUAGGCUUAAACAACCUUCUUUUCUCUUGGGGCAACUCUUAUCUUCCAGUAUCAACCUCCGCUCUCCUUCUAUCCUCUCAACUAGUAUUCAAUCUCAUCCUAUCUGCAAUUAUGGUUAAGCAAAAGAUCACUUUCACAAACCUCAACUGCGUCAUCCUAUUGACGUUAAGCUCAAUCCUCCUAGCCUUAGGAUCCAACCACGACAAACCGCAGGACCUGACCCCAACCAAAUACAUGAUAGGGUUUGUGGCAACCAUAGGGGCGGGGUUGUUAUUUGCCUUGUAUCUGCCGAUUAUGGAGAUGAUAUACAAGAAGGUGUACUGUUAUGCGAUGAUGAUAGAAAUGCAGUUAGUGAUGGAGCUAUCGGCGACGAUAUUAGCGAGUGUGGGGAUGGUGUGGGAUGGGGGAUUUACGGAGAUGAGAAAGGAGAGUAAGGAGGUGUUCGACAAGGGGGAGGGAGUUUAUUGGGUGACGAUGAUCACCAAUGUGGUGACUUGGCAACUGUGCUUUAUGGGAACGGCAGGAACGGUGUUUUUAACGUGCUCGCUAACGGGAGGGAUAUGCAUGACGGCGUUGCUGGGAUUGAAUGUAUUGGGAGGGGUAUUGGUGUACAGAGAGGAUUUUGGGGGGGUGAAGAUUGUUUCUACAGUGAUGUGUGGGUGGGGGUUUUGUUCAUACGUUUAUGGGAUGUAUGUUAACAAUCACAUGAUGAAGCUCUUGGACGAUCAUAAGCAAAAUAUGAAUCCAUCUAUUGAAAUGGCUCAGCCUCAGCCUCAGCCUCAUUCGGAUCUUCAUCUUGGACUUGGGGUUUGAACAAAUUAAUUAAUCUUCACUAUUUUAAUUAACUAAUAAUUAGCUCAUAUUAGAUAAUUAUCUUCUGUCCAUCGUAGAAAUUUAUCCUGCAGCAAGUAGUAGUAGCAAAAAGAAUAUAUUAAUAACUAUAGUCUAUGUAUCAUCUAUCAAGGAGUACAUGAUAAUAUUGAUCCUUGUUGAAGGAAAAUUAUAUAUUUUACUA